UCUGCCAAAAAUAAUGGCUUCCAGGGGAAAAUUCCUGACUAUGCAUGAGAUAUUAGGUAUAUUAGAAGAAGAUGAGAGCCAUGCAGACGUUUAUAUUGAGCCUAAUGAUCCCGGCCUAUUGACUGAUGAAGACUCUGCUGGUGAAGUGGAUAGUGAUAGUGGAUUGAUGGAUAAUUUGUCCGGCAGACAACUGACUGGUAAUGCUGAAGCUGUAUUCAAUGACGGACGACGUACGACUGAAGAUGAUUGUGAAGAUCAACUGAGUGGCAAUGAUGAAGCUUUCUUCCACGACGAACGUAGUACUACUGAAGAUGGUGGUGAGGCUCAUAAUUCUUCGCCUGUGCAAUAACUGUAAGACUCCAAAAUGUAGUCUUGGCACUUCACUCACACCUGGUGACCGCAUAUUUCCUGAGGCAAAUUAUGUAAAAUAUAGAGAUUUUACUCCAGUUGAACUUUUUGAACUAUUUUCUGAUGAUGAUGAGUGGAAUUU